CGACCCAACUCGGUUGUGUCGCUGAAAGAAGGUUGGCAAGAGAAUUUCAUUUCAUUUUGGGGAGCUACAAAGCAGCAAAAUGGCUGAGGAGUCCGCCGUUAAAGUGUGUGUUCGAGUGCGUCCGAUUAUUAAAAGAGAAGAAGGUGUUCCAUCUGAAAAGGCGGCGCCUGUUGAAGUUUUCUGGAAAACGGAUAAGAAAUCGAUUCAUCAGAUUGAUGAUGGGAGCUCAACAAAGAGUUUCAGUUUUGACCGAGUGUUCACUCCUGAAGAAACAACCAAUCAGCUGUACCAGGAAAUCGCAAAGCCGUUGGUUGUUUCAACUGUGCAAGGAUACAACGGAACCAUCUUUGCUUACGGUCAGACAUCCUCUGGAAAGACAUUCACAAUGAUGGGGAGUGACCAUGUUCCCGGUGUCAUACCGCUCGCUAUUGAUGGUGUCUUUGAAACCAUCAAAAAGUGUCCAGAGAAGGAGUUUCUUCUCAGGGUGUCAUACAUGGAGAUUUACAAUGAGACAGUAUCUGAUUUGCUAGUAGAUAGCUGGAAAAGAAAACCUCUGGAAGUCCGAGAGAGUUUAAAUAAAACCGUCUAUGUUGCUGACCUGACUGAGGAACUGGUGACCUCCUCUGCACAAGCGCUGGCUUGGAUUCGCAAAGGAGAAAAAAACCGUCACUACGGAAAGACGGAAAUGAACGAGCGCAGCAGCCGCUCACACACCGUCUUUCGAAUGAUCCUCGAGAGUCGUGAAAGAAGUGACCUGGGAUCAGGGGAAAAUGCCGACGGCGCCAUCAUCGUUUCCCAUUUGAAUUUAGUUGACUUGGCCGGAUCAGAAAGAGCAAGCCAAACGGGGGCUGAAGGGACACGCUUGAAGGAAGGCUGCAAUAUCAAUCGCAGCCUUUUCACACUUGGUCAAGUGAUCAAGAAGCUCAGUGAAGAAAGCCAAAGUGUGUCCAGAAGUUUUAUAAACUACAGAGACAGCAAGUUAACGAGGAUUCUUCAAAACUCCCUGGGUGGAAACGCCAAAACGGUCAUCUUGUGCACAAUCACCACUGCGACGCUUGAUGAGACACUCCGCACUCUGCAGUUUGCCAGCACUGCAAAGAAAAUGAAAAAUGAUCCCCAUGUCACAGAAGUUUCAGAUGACGGUGCGCUUCUCAAAAGAUAUCGCACCGAAAUUGUCGACCUCAAGAGACGACUUCAGGAGGUUUCCUCCAGAACACAGACCACGGCAACAGAGAAACAGGUGCUCUCUCAACUUCUCCAAGAAAAACAUCAACUUCAAGUGGAGCAAGAGGACAGAAUAAGAAACCUCACCAAACUUCUGGUCACAAGCAACAACCUGACUUGUCAACAAAAGGUGCCCAAACGUCGGGUUACGUGGGGAGGGAAAAUGCUACGCUUGGCCCGGCCGUCUCCCAGCGAAGACUGUCUGUCAGACCGUAGCUUUGCUGCGUCUGUCAGUCGAAAGAGGAAAAUUCAUUCCUCCUCUGUGAUGGAGCAGAUCGAAGAUGAAGACUUUGAUGGUGACUGGGAGAUUCCUGGUGAGUCGUCAGAUGACACAAGCCAAUGUCAAGACUUGAUGACUUUCCAGAGCAUGGCUAGCAGGGCAGCUGAAAGAGUGGCAGAGCUGGAAGUUGAACUUCAAACAGUCUGCCAGCAAAAUCAGCAAGCCCACGAUCAAAUUGCGGCAAUGGAGCAGAAGGCAGCCGAAGUUGACCUCAAGCUCCAGAGCGAAAGGCAGCAGAAAUCCCAGGCCGUCGACAAAGUCCAGUUGCUGGAGCUCCACGUGACGGAGCUAAAAUUACAACUUGAGGAACAGCAGUUGAACUCUGGUCAACAACUGGAAGACUAUCAGCGUUAUGAGAGUCUAGCCACUGAAAUCGAUAUGCUGGCAUCGGAGCGAGAUCAUCUCAAGCAGGCGCUGGACCUUGCCCUGGAGCGGACUCGAACACUGGAGAUGGAGAAUACUGCACUAUCACAGGAGCUUGAGGAAAAAAUGGAAUUGCAGGAAUUCGUCUCUCUUGAGGAGAAGCUGAGAAAAGAACAGGAGUGCGAGUUGGAAAAUACAAUUUGCUCAUUGAAGGAAGCUAUGGAAUCCCGAGAACUUCAGUACUUGGAACUUCAGACAAAUUUGGAGACCGUCUCUGAAGAGCUGAGGAAGAAAACUAAAAUUGCUGAUGAUCUUCAGAAUAUGUGUGGUAAAGAUUUGUCCAAAGAAGUGGCAAAGCUUCAGCUUUCUCUCGAUGACUCUGAGGCCCUCGGCAGAGAGACAAAGAAAGAAUGGGCAGUUCUGCGCAGCGAAAACAUUGCCUUGCAAGAGUUGAAGAUGACCCUGACUGACAGCCAUGAAAAGAUGGAAGCUGAAGUCACCAGCCUGAGUCUUCAACUUCAGGCCGAAAAAUCACAAUUCAAGAAGAUGCAGGCGGAUCUCCAGAAAGAGCUCAACGUAGUGUUUAACGAGAACAUGAAGCUAACCAGUUUACUUGAUGGCAAAGUCCCCAGAAAUAUGAUGGAGAGCGUGGAACUUGAAAGAACAGUGACCGACCUGAAAAAGGAGCUUGCGGCAUCUCAAGAAGCUGAGGGUGUCCUGAGAGCUCAAGUGGAGGAAAUCCAGUCUCUUCAGGCUCCCACAUUUGAAGCCAACAACCCAGAGAAACCGAAUUCUUCUCAAGAGUUGGAGGAGCUAGAAUCCGUUGUGGCGACUCUCAGAGCGGAGCGAGACCAGGUCCAGAUGGAUCUGCAAGAAAAUAUCGAUAUGAUGAUCGAGCUUCAGGAGGAGCUCAGGACGGAACUCGGGGAAAAAGUUGUUCUGAAAGAACGGAUCAAGCAGCUGGAAGAGUCACAAACAGACAACUUGGAAAAGCCUUUGGAUGACUUGGCUGCAGAGCUUGAGACGUUGCAAGCACAAAAAGAACAACUUGAGGCGACUCUACAAGUUGUCAAUGAGCAAAAGGACCAACUAGAGGGAGAGCGGCAGCAGUUUAUUGAUGGGGCUGCAGAGAAUCAAAGCCUUCUACAUUCCCUCCAAUCUCAGCUUCAAGAGCAAGUUGAGAGAAAUGAUGACAUUGAGCAAUCGGCUGGAGAGAAACAAGCUCAGCUGCAGUAUCAGGUUGAAGAGUCUCAAACUCUUCUCCAGUCCCUUCAAGAUGAGCUUGAAGCGCUGAAGCACAAGAACAAUAAUCUUGUCAAAGUCACUGAGGAGAAAGAGUUUGAUUUCAAGCAAAGUAUUAAGAUUUUGAGCGAAGAGCUUGAAACCGCAAAAGCAAAUGGGGGCGACCUGCGUUUCAACGAGGACACCGGACGUCAGACUUUGACCGAAGAGACUCGGGAGUUGCUGUCCAGAGUGACGUCUCUCACCGAGGAGAGGGAUCAGCUGCUUGACACGGUGAAGCACCUGAGACAGGACAAGAUGCAGCUCAGGACAGAACUGGAGGAAAAUAUGGAGAUGAUGCAGUGUGGGUUGCAGCAACAGUUCAAGUCAGAUCUGCCGUUGCUGAAAGAACUCGAAGCUCAACAGAAUGCACAGACUGCUGAGACUCAAGCAGAGCUCACAAUGGCAGAAGAGAAGAUCCGACGUCUACAGGAAGAGAUCGGCCUGUUAAUGAAUGAAAACAAAUGCCAAGAACUUCAAAAUCAGGUUCAGAGGCUGUCUGAGGAGCUUGAGUGUGCCAUCGCAGAGCGAACCAGCCUCCAAUCUGAGAUGGAGAAGCUGCUUUGUCAAGUGACUUCUCUCGGUGAAGAGCGACAUCAGCUGCAUGAGCAACUGGAGGCACUGGGACAGGAAACAAGCCAGCUCAGAGCACAGCUGCAGGACAAGGUCUCCACAAUGCAAGAGAGCGAGAACAAGCACAAGCAGUCCAGGUUGCUGCAGCAGGCCGAGGCCAGAAAAUUGGAGAGCGACCUUCGACAAGAGGUGCAGCAGCUGGAGGAGCAGCUCAAAACCGUCAAGGGAAACCAAACGGUGGUUCAAACUGAGCAGUUGCUGGCAGAAGCAAACGCAACCGUGGCCAUACUCACUGAGAAGCUUCAAAGUUGCGAGCAGGACUCUACAGCCUCCAAGGUGACGGCACAAGCCAGGCUGCGCGACUUAACCUCGCAACUUGAGGAGUUAUUUGGACGCCUGGAGGAAUUUAUACAAAAAAACGGCCAGCUUCAACCCGCAUUCGAAGGAGACAGCCUAAGGGCGGACAUUUUUGUGACUAACGAGGAGUACAACUCCUUUCCUCAAGCCACGCGGAAAGUCGCCAACGUGGUCUACAGGCUGGGAGCCCAGAAUCUUAGCACGCUCCAGUUUAUGCUUGAUGCCCUUCUGGUAGAGGCCAAAGAAUUCAAGAGGAUUUUCCGGGAGUCGAUCCAAAUUGAUGCGACCAUCUUUGAGGAGUGGCACUUGCAGGAUGUGUUGCGCUGCAAAGCCGACUCUCAUCCAGACCUGGACUCUUCCUCAGAGCAGACUCGCAGAUUGGCUGAACUCAUCGACAAAAGACAGUUCUACGUGCAGAAAGUGGGCCACAUUUUGGAGAUCCUCGAUGCAGGCUUGGAUUCUUACCACCAUGAAGUUUCUGCUGAGGGCAGAGAGAGGGCAAGGUUCUCAGGGCUGAUGCAGGAGGAGCACACCAGACAACCUUUAGAUGCCGGUAGGAUGCACGGCCUCUUUAGCGCUGAGGCCGCCAGCAGGUGUGCGGUGCUGCAAAGCAGGAAAAUGCUUUUGCGGAGCAUCUUUACCGAACGCGAUGUUCAAUAUCAGGAAUUGCGGCAGGUGACGGCGCGGGCUCAGUCCCAGUUGCAUGAAGAAAAAAGCAAGCGUGUCGCUCUGCGACAGAAGCUGGAGGAGAUUCCAGAGCUGACUUUGCUCUGCAACAACCAAGAAUUUAGUAGUCGACUCCAGCAAUCUGAGGAGAAAGUCAAAGCUUUAUGUCUCAAGAACAAGGAGCUUGAAGAGACUCAACAAAAAAACAACACUUGCUUCUCUGGCUACAAGACGACCAUUCAGCAACUCGAGACGGAACUUGAGGAGAAUCGGGGCAAGGUUGAAGAACUGAAGAACGACGUGGAAAUCCUGAAAAGCCGAUUGCACGAAUCUGAGGAACGUGCAUUGCCUUCAGUUGCCGAGCUGCAGAAAGCCCAAGCGCAGUUGUACAUGAAGACAAUGGAGUUGAGCGUUGCUUCCGAUAAACACCAACAAGAGAUCCAGAGGAUGACCGCUGCCUUGCAAAUGAAGGAAGAGUCGGUGAGGAAACUGAAGGAAUCGCUAAGGGUGUUGCAGCAGCAAGGAGCCGAUCCAGUCCUGAAGGGUGAAGAGCUUUGUGACCGUUUCCUGAACCCGCGGGGUGUGGUGAUCAAGAGCAGCGCUAUGCUCCAAAACAGCAAACUGGAGGAGGAAGUCAAACAGCUUCACGUUAAAAUCUCACAGCUUGAAAGCGUGAUUUCCAGUCAGCAGGCGGACGUUAGCAAAUGGAAGAACAGAGCGCUCAAGAUAAAGUCAAUGGUCAAAGCGGACAUCAAGCCUUUGCCGCCGAGCACUCCCACCAAACGUGGACUACCCAUGUGCCCGGACCUCCUCCCUCAGUCACCAAAGAAGUUGCUACUUGCGUCCCACAUGGUCCCGGAUUCCCCCGUCAGGCAGUUGGAUGCACCACACAUCCCGCUGCUCAACUCUCCGAAAAGCCGAUUUUUCGACCAAGACUCAGACACGGAUCUGCUUUACAGAACAUUUCCCAGAAAGUUCUUUGAUAACUCCACCCUUGGACUCAGCGCAGAUGCCACCUCGGAUGCGUGUGCCUCUCAAUCGGCGGACGCCCCAGAUUGUAUCACGCAGUGAACGCAACAUUUUUCUUGUUUCCUUUUUUAAAUAGCUAUUUUUAUAAUUAAAGACAUUUUUAACAGAC